UCGGUCAGUGCAAUUGAGGAAAAUUCCUAUUUUUGUUCCUUCUUUUUCCUUCGUUCAUUUUUCUUCCCUCAUCCUCGUUUUUGUUUUCUACUCGUGCUCAUAUAAUCACACACUAGAGACGUACGAUCUUCCCGCGCAAAAUUGUCACGUCGUCGUGAUCAUCAUCAAUCGGGUCGUCUCGCGCGCGCGCUGCUUCGUAACCCUGGAAUUCUGCAAGAAUGCACGAGGCUUUGAAGGUGACCGCUGUUGUUCGGGGUGAGCAAUGUGCCGGCCAGACCGGUCCUCCGUAUGGUGCUCCAUGCCUCGAAUUGUUCGUGACGCGAGUGCCUAGAUGUAAAACCCGAGCACGUAGAUUGCGCUGAGUGUGCAUUGUCUUUUCCGCAUGUGUCUUUUCGACUUUGAGAUCGCGUUCUUUUUCUGCGAGCGAGGGAAAUCAGCGAGCUCAAUAACUUCAGCAAGUAUCGAUGUCUCACUCGUGUCUCGGAAGAAUGACGCCUCUCGCAGAUUCCUUCAUUGGCUCCAGAGGAUCUUAAUUUGAAGUCGAACGAAGAAGAUCUGUGUCCUCUCUACACAACGAGAAAUCAAACUUGUGAGAUCCAAUCGUGAAGAUCUGUAAGAGUUCGAUCGGAUCAGUCAUGCGAGACCGGUGCUUUAACCCUCAACUAGCAGCAUCCAUUGUUCGGAUUUGUGUGAUGAUCGCAUCCAAGCUUCAUUGCAUACCUGGAAAACGGUGGUAAGGUCCAGCGUAGCGACGAGUCGGCAAAGGAGAAGGGGAACAAAGAAGGGGUUGCCUUUGUGAUACGUACGUGGCCACGUACGUGCGUGCAUGGAAGAGGCAGGACCACGCAGGUCUACGAGAACGCGGCACGAGAGAGAACUGGGCAGGACAAGGUGGCGGCUCCGCUAAGUCACCAGCUUCCGGCGCCAGCGGCGGAAGAAAAAUGUCGAGCGUCGGGGACAGUCCUGACAGAAUGGCUCUGCAAUCACACUAUUCCCUACGAUGGACCAAUCAUUCCACCCACAUACAACGGGCAUUCGAGGAGUUGCUACAUGCCGAGACGCUCGUCGACGUGACCUUGAUCUGCGCCGACAGCAGCGUCAAGGCACACAAAGUCGUCCUCAGCGCCUGCAGUCCUUUCUUCGAAAGGAUAUUCGCGGAGAAUCCGUGCAAGCACCCCGUAAUCGUGUUGAAGGACUUUUCGCAUCAUGAGUUGUCCAGUCUGGUAAACUUCAUAUAUCGCGGCGAGGUGAAGAUCGCUCAGGAGGAGUUGCCGGGGCUGAUGAAGGCCGCAGAAUGUCUGCAGGUGCGUGGGCUGAUGUCAUCGGAGCCUACGCUGGUGUCGACGGAGCCCAGGCCGUCAUCUUUGGCGUCAACGCCGACGCGAGAUCUCAUUCUGGGCGAAUUACCAACGCCGGAGGUCGCGCGACACGACACGCCCGAGGAGGAUGAAAAUGCGCUGGAAAGCACGAGAGAGAUGAAAUCCAUUCUGUUUCAACCAACGAGGGACCAUCCGGCCAAGUCGCUCAUUGGCCACAUGAACUUUGGUAUCCGCGAGAGCUGCGGCUCGCCGUUGUUGCCACGCCGGAAACAGGCGCGCCCGCGCCGACGAUCCGGCGAAUUGCUGCCGCAAGAUCUGAGCAGACGCUCGACACCGCCGGUCAGUUCGAGUCCGUUGCCGGGCAUUCUUAAUCUGAGCGGUCAACAUCAGGCGCAGCAACAGCAACAGCUUCAACAGCAACAGCAAUUGCUGUUGCAGCAAUCUCAAUAUCAUCAAUCGAUUAACAACGCACAGAAUCAACAGCAGCAACAGCAGCAGCAGCAGCAGCAGCAGCAGCAGCAAGAAGACAUGGCGGAAAAUCUUUCGAUGAAGAAGCCCAUAUCGCCGAGCGAGUUAGAUCAGCAUCACGUGAAGACGGAGGGUAGCGAAGCGACGAGCAGUCCUCGCGGCUCGCCAUUAACAGGGACAAGUUUACUGCAUCAUCCGGAUGGUCCUGUACAGGACAUCCCGGCGGCUGUAGCGGCGGCGGUUGCUACGGUAGCGCUACCAACGAUAUCGACAUUGUCGCUGUCACAACCGCAUCCUCCUGAGUACCUGACAAGCCUAGGCCAGCUGGCGAGCCAAUGGCUGCCCGGGCAUCCGCAGAGUCAACUGCCACCGCCCCAAAGUCACCAUCCGCGGGAGGACAGUCCACACGGUUCCGGCAGAUCUCAUCCGUAUCAGCAACAGCAGCAGGAGUCGGCUCUGGUGCCACGACGUAGCGCCAUGGCGAUGUUCACGCCGACGUUGGACGGCGUCACGGCUCUCGGUGGCGGGCUUUUCCCUCACACCGGCACGUACGAGAGGGGUAACCUCCUCGCGGAUACGCUUCUAGCGGACAACUUCAAGCCAGAGGCAUUGCAGAAUCUUUUUGGUACUCCCACUCUCGGUCCUCCGCCCGCCAAAAAGACGAAGAAGCAUCGUAGUGACGGUGAUGCCACACGUAGAUGGAGCGAUCACAAUACACGAGCACUUGCGGUUAAUAGGCCCAAGGGGCAGCACAGUGCUCCGCGAGGAGGGCCACCGAGAUCGUGGACGAAUAACGAGCUCACAUUAGCUCUGCAACAUGUGUGGGAGAAGAAGCUCACCACGUCGCAGGCUAGUCGUAUGUUCGGUAUUCCCUACAAUAGCUUGCUGAUGUACGUGCGCGGCAAGUACGGGAAGAGUUUAAAGCUGGAGCAGUUACGUAGGAACUGUACCGGUGCCAAUACCCCCGAAAUUAUGAACAACAACAACAUCAAGCCCGUCCAGCAGUCCGCGCAGAUGAGCCACGCGCUCACCGGUCUGCCGCUACAGCAUCCAGGGGAUAACGGCGGAUACCCCCAUCGCGCUCUGCUCGGUAGCAACAUGCCGCAGCCGCAGGGCUUUUAUCCCGCCGAUUAUACCUCGUCCUUUCCUAUAGUGAAUAUGGUGCAUAUGUUACCCCCGAGUGAGCAGAAAGCCUUUGACUCAUCCGCGAAUCCGGGUAGCGACGGGGGCGGAGGUGGAUGCGUAGGAGGUAGUGGAGGUGGGGACGGGAGUAGUGGCGGUGGUGGCGACCUGGCAAAUUCGCAGACCAGCGAGACACCAUCCCCCAUCGUCGAUCACCAUCAUCACCAAGAGUCGUCGAUGCAGCCGCAACCAGCGCAAUCGGCGCCCGCGUUGCUACAGCAGAACGGUUCCGAUUAGGAUUGAGUGGGAUCGUUUGGUUGGACCGGUACGUUCUUGUACGUUGAUGUUAAAUGAUGAUUGAUUUGUUACUUUCGCCCGCGAGGGCUGGGCGGAUGGUCGAUUAGCCCUUUUGCUGUGAAUCAUACACGUAUCGCAAUUGGCGCUGUUGCGUUGCAUUAACUAUAAAAUCCGACAAAUAUAUCGCGACGAAUAUGUCGCGAGCGCGAUAAUUAAUCUAAUUAUUCGUGGGGACAUUUUAGAAGAUUAGGCAAACUUUUUGAGAAUAUUACAACAUCGUCACGAUUAUCGCCUUCACGCCACAUAUUCGUGUACGAAUUUAAAAAUUUACAUUAAUUUACAGAUUUUAAUGUAUUCUUCAGCAGUAAAUCGAUAUAUUGACUUGGUCCGGAUGCAAUGACAUGUCUAGCUAAGAUCAAGAUGAAUUUUAAAUGUUUUAAGAAAAUAGUUUCACAUGUCGCAGCUAGAGGGUUAAUCGCGCAAUAGUUAAUUAAGCGACUCCCUCCGUGAGGCUCCUCAUCGUACGGGUGUGCAAGUAUAUAGAUUUACGCGCGCGAUUCACCAAGAGACACUAUCCUUCACAAGACUGACUUUUACCAACCGACUCGCAGCUCUCCGCAGGGUGCACUCUCGAUGAACAUUCGAGCUUUGCUCAAUCCACGCUUAAGCGCCAUUAACUGCUCUCCGUUCGUUUCUGUGCUUGCCACUUGGGUUUCAUCGCUGUCUUUCCUCCAUCGGCAGUUGGGGCGGAAAUACGCGUGGUAUUAACAUUUUUAUCGCUAUUAAAAUCAAUUCUGCUAACGAGCUCUUUGUUGGACGUAGUUUGUAAUUGAUUUUGGAUGAAUACAAUUUAAAAGUUGAUUUUCAAAUAUUUAUUAGAUAGAUUAAUUUGUUAGAUAAUUUAUCAGACAAUUUCUUUGAGAGAGAAAUACAUUUUUUUGAGAUCAUUUGAAUCUUGAUAGCAAAAUCUUCAAGUUUGUUUGUCAAGUUAUAAUCUUCGAUGUUUGAGCUCGUUCAGUCGUCGACGAUACCGAAGACCGUAUUGUUUUACGCAUCGUUCUCAGUUAUCAAUUUUUUUUUUCUGAAAACGUCGCGAAUUACAGAAUUGUUGAAUUUUUUUGCGAGAAUGAAAUGGCAUCGAAAAUGCGAUCGCGAAAAAACUUUCGGCUUUUCUGCUACGAGAUAGUUCCUGCUGCAAAAGCGAUUAUAUACCAAAUAGUAUUUGCUAAUGAUUGAACAAAGUACGAUCUACUACGAUGGACUUAUGAUCGUCGGAGAAAGCUCGUGCAGUUCAUUGUCAAUAAAAAGGGCAUCUUGAGCAGAAAGUGAUGAUUACGUUUUUGAUUGGUAGAAAGCUGAGGAAUGAAACAAAACUUUUUUAAUGGCAAGAUACGUGCGAUUAAUCAACAAUAGUAUGUUGAGAAGCUCAUUUCAAACCGUCUUUGAUCUGAAAAAA